AUGUGGGCGGCCUGCUGGUGCUGGGUGGCCGUCCGCUGCGCGGCCAACAGCCAGCCAGCCAGUUACCUUUGCACUCAGGUGACACGGGACACGGAGCACGGAGGCGCGCAGCCAAGGGUAUCGGAUCACGCCAAGAGCGUUAUCCUCCACAUGCGAGAAGAGCUGGUCCAGCAGAAAGAGUCACUGCUGGACCAGCGGGAGAUCAUCCAGGAGCUGACUAGCAAGCUGGCUCUAUGCGAGGGCUCGGGGCACCUGGAGCACGGCCACGACCUCGGCUCUGACCCCAGCAUGGAUCGGGUUCACCGCCGCUCCGGCUACCGCAAGGAUCAUCGACAGGGAUUCGGCAAAAUCCGGAACACCAUGGGAGACCCGCCAACCACUUCCGACUCGCACGUCGGCCAGGUAAAAGGGAAGGGCCCAGACCCUGAACAAGCCAAGGCUCUGCUCAGCCUCCUACAUCCGCAGUGGAAGUCGCAGCGCAGGGUGGCCGGGAGCUGGAGGGCCCGAGCGGCCAAUCGCACCGAGGAGACGCUCCGCGCGGGUCACCUCAAGCUGGACGACGUCCUCAGCGAGAUGAGCCCGAAGCAGCAGCCCAGAUUCACAGCAGCAGAGGAAGACACGGCGGAGAGCCACGACGAAUUCCAAGUGUCCUUCCCGCUGAGGACCAAUUACAUGUUCGCCAGGAUGACCCAGACCCUGUCGCAGGAAAUCUUCACCUUCACCAUUUGCCUGCGCUUGAAGACCUCGGAAGCCCCCGGGAUUGGGACACCCUUCUCCUACGCCGUGCCCGGACAGCCCAACGAACUGGUUUUGGCCGAGUGGGGAACGAACCCUCUGGAACUCAUCAUUAACGACAAGGUCGCCACGCUGCCUCUGGUGCUCAACGAUGGGGAAUGGCACCACGUCUGCGUCACGUGGGCAACGCGCGACGGCGUCUGGGAGGUCUACCAGGACGGAGUGAGUCGGGGCUGCGGAAGGAGUCUGGCUCCCUGGCAUCCGAUCGGGCUGGGCGGCAUCUUCAUCCUGGGCCAGGAGCAGGACUCCGUGGGCGGGCUGUUCGACGCCACGCAAGCCUUCGUGGGCAACCUGUCGGACUUCAACAUGUGGGACCGAGUGCUGGAGCCCGCGGAAGUGCGCCAGCUGACGGCCUGCGAGGUCCGGGCAGUCGGCAACCUGGUGACGUGGACGGCGGACGGCGUGGAGUUGCGGGGCGGGGCCGUCGGUUUGCCGUCGCACCCCUGCCAGGGGUCCUGAGCCAGGGAGCUGGAUGGAGGAAGCAGGAGGAUCAGGGUGGGGGUUGGCUGCUGGUGGCUCGUACCCAGCCCCGGGGCGUGACUGUCAUGCCGAAUGGGGCAAUCGGGAGAUGAGCGUGUUGCUGUCAACGGCCAAUCCCCUUCGCGAUCUAUACAAACCUCUGCCUAUAUCUGUAACCCCCCUCGCUCUGUAACCACACCGAUAUCUCUAAACCCCUUUCCGUCUCUGUUAACCCUGCGGCCUCUGAACUCCUCGUCCAAACCUCUCCGCAUCUCUGAACCUUCCCUCACUCUUUCCCUGGCCCUGCUUCUGUCCGUAAACCUCCCUAUCUCUAUAAACUCAGCCUUCUCACUAUAACACUUUCUAACCCCUCCCUUCCUCUCUCUCUCUCUCUCUCUCUGUCUCUCUCUGUAACUCCUUCAUGUCCGUAAUCUGGUACUAUUUUGCCUCUAGCGCCUACGUUCGCCGUCCAAAUCUCGCCAAGCCGUUGAUCCUUCCCAAUAGCUAUAAUAAUUCCCUUCCUAUAUCAGUAAACCCCUCCCUAUCUUGUAAACCCCUUCCUUGUCUCUGUUGUCCUUACAGUCCCUGCACUCCUCGUCCAAACCUCUCCACGCCCUGGACCCUGCUCUGUCUCUACAACCCUCUCCCUCUCUCUAUUCCCUCUCUGUCACCCCCUCCAACAUCUACCCUCCCCGCCCAAACUCGCCCUUUCCCUAUCUCUGUAACCCCAUGUAGCUUAGUAAUCCAGGUCUUCCUAUUCAAAUCCCCCUGUAGCCUUCCCUAUCUCCUCAUCUCUGUAACAUCCAUCUCUGAAAACUUGCGUUUUCUUUCCUUAUAUUUAAACCCAUCUACAGCCCUCAACCCCUCCCUAUCUCUGUAAGAGAUCUCCGUGAUCUUCAGUUAAAUGCCCUCCAGAGCGCUCCAGUCCUUCUCCUCCCGGCCCCCUUCUCUACUGGAGUCAAAAUUAAAACUG